GACACACACGCACAUCUCGGCGAGACUGCCAAGACGGUACAACGCCAAGUCUUAACGAACGCUCAACCUGCGCCGGAACAGAUUAUUCGCCGUCUGAACUCUCUCUUCGGCGCGUUGCACUUGCGAAUGGUAGUGUUGCCCAGCUUAUACGUUUAAAAUAUGUUUUUUUAAGUGAUUUUUUCAACAUUUUCGGUGUCGACCACCGCCUACUACUACUACUACUACCACCGCGAAGGGAGUUUACCUGCCUACCUUUCCGGUAAGGUAAUAAUAUUCAAACAGUCCGUCCCAAGCUUGCAGUCGUUGCCGCCGAGUACUAUGUCCAGCUGAAUCGAGCCGACCGACCGACCGUUUUUCGUUUAGCGUACUUGUCGAUAAAAUGAGUGCGGCCGCCGUGGGUUUUGCCCUGGUCAUCACCAGUGUGUUCAGCUUUGCUUUUUUCUAUCUCAUGAAGUAUGCCUUCCACACCACGUCUUCUUCCCGCCGAUUGUCGACAAAAUCGAGUAAAUCGGCCAAGCAAAGCUCCGCCACCGCAGUGGCCUCUAAACGCGUUUCGCGUACGGGCAACAGGCUAACGUCGACGACGGUCAAGAAGUCCGCCACUUUGGUGCCGGAAUCCAAACGAGGAAUCGUCCAAAAAACAGACCGAAAAUUGAAACCGAAAAUCAAUAAUGAAAAAUCCAAAAUCUCAAAGCCAACAGUAGAGCCGAUUCAAGAAAAACUACCCGAAGAAGUCGACGAGCGACCAGUGGCAAAGCCUUCGAAACCUUUGAAACCCGUAAAAGAAACUCUAGUUGUUGAAGAACCGCCAAAAGUACUUGCCAAACCUGUUAAUACUAUUCCUAACAAUUCUGUUGUUAGUAAUAGUACUAACAAUAGUAAUAUCGCUACGCCGGCGGAAGUGGUGGUUCCAAAACAAAAUCACGCAAUGAAGACUUCUCCAAACGCCGCAGAAAAAAAAAUUAAACCAUCUGAAAUAAACGCCAAAAAGAACAAAAAUAAUGACAUCCGACCACAAACUAAACAGAACAAUAAACCGUCUUCUAAACUACGAGAUUUUGAUUUUGACAACUUUGAUGUUGACGAUGGCAGUCGUAUGAUUACAAAGUUAAUUGAAAAAUGUGACCUAUCUCGCGAUCAAACACAAUACAUAUUGGAUACGUUACUGAACAAACAACAAUCGCUGAACAAUAAUUCAAACGGCACAACUACUGAAUGGGUUAAGCCUAGCGAUUCUGCGGAAAAGAAAUUAAAAAAGAGAUUGCAAGAAACUGAAAUUCAACUGAAACACUUGGAAGAACAAUUGGCCGGAGCUCACGGAAAAGCUCGUGACCAUCGAACCGAAUUGAAUACUCAAAUAACGCGUGCUAAGCAUUUUGAAAAUAAGUUAGCCGAAAUGCAAGCUCUUAGAAAUCAAGAAGUAAGAGAAAGGUCGGCUGCCGUCGCCGAGUUGUCCAAGUAUAAAAACAACACUGCAAGUUUAGAAUCGCAAUUAGAAGCAUUGAGAACAACAUUAGCUCAGCAACAGCAACAAAACUUGGAUCAAAUGGCUGAAAAGGAAUCGACAAUCGUACAAUUACGUUCGGAAAUAAAAGAGUUACAAGAGCAGUUAGCUGCUAAAAUUGAAUCCAACAAAGUAAUUCCUAACACAGCCUCUACAUUGGAAAAUGAAAAUACAGCGGAUGCGGUAAUUGAAAGACCAGCGGUUGAAGGACGAGAAUACGUACCCGGAGAACCUGAUGUAGUGGAUGCGUCCAGCGGUGCAGUUAUUGUAGACUCGGCAGAGUCCGAAGCCAUCAAAAAGGACAACGCCGAGCUCAAACGGCGCUGUGACGAUUUGCAAGGCGAAGUAGACGACAAAGAAAAACAGUUGAAAGAAUUGACAAACAAACUACACGAGUUGACUACAAACGCGGCUAAUACCGAACAAAAAUAUCGCACAGAAAUCGAAUCAAUAAAAUCCGAGAAGCGGACACACGAGGAAAAGAAUAAGGAAUUAAGAACAAAGAACUUCAAAGUCCUCGAGGCGUUGAAACAAACGGAGCGGGCUCUCGAAGCAAGAAUUAAAUCUGAACAAGAUGAGAAACGCCGCGACAAUUCCAAGGCCAACGUCAAGCGUGCCCGUCAGUUGUUGCGCCGCCAGUUGCUACCACAAGAAUCCGAUUCGGACGAAUCUUCCGACAAAGAACAUUUGGCCGAUGACGAUGUUAGCGACGAAAAGUGGUCGCGAACGCUAGCCAACAAAGUUCGCAGGCACUACGAGAAACAGCUGCAACGUAGCCAAAAAAACAGUAGUCCCGUUACGAACCAACAGCACGCAUUGGACCAACAAAACAGGCAAGAGAUCGUGUUGAGUUUGGAACGUCAGAAUGACAAAUUACACCGAAUGGUCACGCAUUACAAAAGUAUAAUUUCCGACACGGAAACUAUGCUUAGCCAACUGCACAAACACGUGGAGAACGAAGAAUCACGGUGGUGCGAUCAGAUAUUGGAACUGCAACAGCAAUUGGACCGAGCCAAUAGUGAAUUGCAGCAGAGGCGCAAGGAUGAAGAGUCGUCGCCAAACACCACAAUGAAUUCUUCAUCGUCGUCGUCGUAACAUUGCCAUUACCAAAUUGUAUUUAUUUAAAGACACCCGCAGUACAAUCUGUGCGGCGUCUGCGUUAUCUCCGUCCGAAUAACAAAAUAUCGAUUGCCUUUCGGCAAUCAAAAUGCGUGAAGAUAAAAUUUAUCGACAAUAAAACAUAUUAUUAAUUAUAAUAUUAAUUUUAAAACGGCAAACCGCGGGUUUGAAUUUUUUUUUUUUUAAUCAUCGUUUUUUACGACAAUAAAAUUGUAAAAAAAAAAAAAAAAAA